GUUCUGGAACAAUAUCAAGCCCGCGCGGAGCCCUGACGACCAUAAUCGAACACCUUGGUAACGUCAACAGACCCCUGCAACCUCCGACACGAGCAGACGUGUGCGCACAUUUUUGCUGAUUAAUCACUUCUCAUUUUGAACAGCGCGUGUGUUAGAGUCACACAACCCGGGAAAUCGUUCACCAGUCGUGCCUGCACCCUGAAUGACAAUGACCUCACCGUAAACGACGAAGCCAAGAAGUUAGGGGCAGCUGAAAACUUGCCCAUCACCUGAGAACAGCUGGAGGAUUCCCCUGACGCCAUCCUGCAGUACCUGUAGUCUCCGCAAGGGGCGUUCCAUCCCAAAGUCCCCUGGGAAAUCUGAGUUCUAAUUCACGUUUCAACACUGCAGUCCAGCCGAGCAAGAUGGGUUAGAGAAAAGUCACGAUACCGCCGGGCCUGGGUGCCUUCAGGGGCACUUAAGGACCAAAGACUCUGGCACAGAGAACUUUUAUCACAGAGAACUUUUGUCACAGACUAUGUUCGUCGUUCUUGCGAGUUUACGUGUGUUUUAUUCAACUUUCAAGAAUCAAGUAGUUAAGUAUCAAAAAACAACAUGAGCAACUCUAAGAAGGAAAGCCCAGCCCUGCGCCAGCAGAAAUACACAAAUGCUAUCAUCCGUGGACGUCGCCACGUCCCCACCCCUGAAGCCGUCCCUCCAUCCUCUCUCCUGGACGCACCCCCACUGUCUCCUGUCCCACUGCCCUCACCACCAAAGCAGCCUCUACCUGAGUCGAGGUACCGACGACCAAAGCACCUGGUCACCAACCUGAACAAGAGACAGCCAGUUCCUCAGGGUGGAUUCACAGCAGUCAACAGGUAUGCCAAGACUCCCACACACCCAGAUGAAAAUGCAAAGGUGUUUGAAGAAUAUGCCGAAAGGCUAACAGACAUUCAGCAAAAACAGGACUGCAUGGGAGAAGGCAAGCCAAAGCCAAGGAGACCCUCCAGACGUAAUAAGACCCCAGCUCCCAUCUCCAUGAUGAUGGACUCUCUGGAAAAUGAAAACAUGUCAGAGAGCGAGCGCUACAAGAGAAAGAAGGAGACUAUUAAAAAGGUACAAGAUUCCAUGGGAGUCGACAAAAACACCAGAAAAGCUCCCAAGCCAGCUAAACCUCCCACCUCCAGGAAGACUGUCGAGGAGCAGCAAGUAUUCUCACUCGGACAUCAUGAGGAGAGAAGCCCAACACCAGCAGAAUAUGAUGACUUCAAGUUGAAGGAUGAAAUAGUCCAAGAAUUCAGAUCUUACCAGAAAACCAGAGCUCUCACACCCACAACAAACAGGGGAGAAGACGGGACGAAUGUCGGCAGGAUGGCUGAGAUGGAGAAGAUGAUGGAAGGAGAUCUACACACAAAACCCAAGUCCAUCAAGACCAAGAAGAGGAAAACUUGUGUCAAGAUGUCACCAAACAACCAAGCAAAUGUUGGUCAAGACAAGAUGAGUGUGACGUCUCAUGAGGUGUAUACCCCUGACUGGGAGGAGGAAGGUCGAGCACACAGCAGAUUUAACAAGACAUCACAGUCUGGACGCCUCAGCAUGGUAAGCAAUACAUCCACAAUGGAGAGGGGAAAAGAUUUUGAAGUGUAUUUAUAUACUCCUGACUGGGAGGAGGAAGGCCAGGUGCAGAGUAACACAUCAUCACAGUGUGGACACCUGAGCAGGGUGAGUAACACAGCCACGAUGGAGAGGGGAAAAGAUGAUGGAGUCUAUACUCCUGACUGGGAGGAGGACGAUGGAGUACAGAAGUGUCACAAGAUGUCCCGACAGUCUGGACACCUUGGCAGAGUGGACAACACACCCACGAUGGACUGUGUGAUGCAUGACCUUGACGUGGAGGAGGACGGUCCAGUUCAGAGCCUGUACAGCACGUCCCCGCAAUCUGGACACCUCAGCAGAGAGGACAGCACACCCAUUACAGAUACAACCAAAGAUUGGAUGUACCACAUCAGAAAAGUUGGGCUGGAGGAGAUGAUGGAGUCAGGCAAGAGCAGGGAUGAAGACAGUCUGCACAGGAAGACAAACAUCCAGGGCAAAACAACCAACAAGAGGCACCAGGCAAGAAAGGAGAGGCUGGUCUUACCUAGCCUGACUGCUGAUCCUGGACUGACUCUGCAGGGGAGCAAACUUCAAACACCUGGUGUCAGCCUCCCUUCCAUAGGAGAUGGGAAAGGUGUCAUGUCUGCUGCUGCCCAAACCAACGUCUCCGAUGAGGACAUGGGAACAACGUUGCCCCAACUGCAGUUUGGCACCACAAGAUUGGGGAAGUCCACGUCAGAUACCGUGACCUUCAAACAGCCGAGUGAGAAGUCCAAAGUCCGCAGCACCAAGCGGCGCCAGAAGACUGACCGCAACACGCUGAAGGACAAGAAGUCCCAGAAACGGCGCCGUGACAGCCACGGGCUCUCAUCACCUGACUUGUGAGUUGGGUGUAACAGUGGGCACCUUACCAUCGUGUCCAUGAUAUUUAUUGGCAAUGGUUCAUGUAACUACAUGUGUAUACAUUUUAUGUUUAACUGUGCAUUAUUGGGCAUUAUGUUUGUCCCAUGCCUUUUUUGCAUGUACAACUCAGUAUAGAAUGUUUAGACACAAAUUACUGUAAUUCCUGAUUUUUUCAAUGUUCAUGGUUUUCAUGGUGAUGACUGUAACAUGAACUUAUCGUUACCGAUAAUAAAUAAUUUGUCAUAGUGACAAUGACAAAUGAUUCGUUCACCAUGAACAUUUAGUUCCGAGAACAAGUUAGAUUUUCUCAGACCGUGAAAGUUUGUAUCGAGAAGACAAAGUGAAUUACAGUAUGCUAAAAAACAGAAUAAUAUGACGUUCCUUACCUUAUUGCACAGGUCCAGAUGCAAUGUUUCACAAAUCAUGCUGGAACAUCAGAAUGGCAUAGAUCUGACUU